GGAAGAAAAUUAAUAUAUAAUUUGUUCAACUUUUGGCGAUCGAGCGGGAGGGCUUUUGCGCUCCAUUAUUUGAUGCAAUAGAAAAUAUCUUUCACACACGGAAUCGGUGAUUCUUCAGGUGCUACUUGGCGGCGAAAUUUUGAUCGGAAAAUUGUUUGACGCCCGAAUUCUUCAGGAUCAGAUUUUCAGGUUAGGAUAAGAUGGCUCGAAAUGAGGAGAAGGCCCAGUCGAUGCUUAAUCGUUUCAUAGCCUUAAAAGCUGAGGAGAAGAAGAAACCCAAGGAACGCCGGCCUUACCUUGCAUCUGAGUGUCGUGACCUUGCAGAAGCUGACAAAUGGCGUCAACAAAUUAUGCGUGAAAUUGGUCGCAAGGUUGCAGAGAUCCAAAAUGAAGGCCUUGGUGAGCACCGUUUGCGAGAUCUCAAUGAUGAAAUUAACAAGCUUAUUAGAGAGAAGUCACAUUGGGAACGUCGUAUAGUUGAGUUAGGUGGCCCCAAUUAUUCCAAGUACUCGGCCAAAAUGACUGAUUUAGAGGGGAAUAUUGUUGAUGUUCCAAACCCCAGUGGUCGUGGUCCUGGGUAUCGGUAUUUUGGUGCUGCUAAGAAGUUACCAGGUGUGAGGGAGUUGUUUGAGAAGCCUCCUGAGCUGAGAAAGCGUAGGACUCGUUAUGAUAUAUACAAGAGGAUUGAUGCAAGCUACUAUGGGUAUAGGGAUGAUGAGGAUGGGGUUUUGGAAAGAGUGGAAGGUCCAAGUGAGGAGCGCAUUAGAGCCGAGGCAGUUGAAGAGUGGCAAAGAAUGGAAGAGAUAAGGAAGGAAGCGAAGAGGGCAGUAAAGAGUGGGGAGGUAGCUAGCGUGGUGAACGUUGCAGCGAAGGAGGUGCUAUUUGAAGAGGAGGAGGAAGUUGUGGAAGAAGAGAGGAGGAGAGAGAGAGAAAUGAAGGAGAAUUUGGACAAGGAGAGGGAGUUUGUGGUGCAUGUGCCAUUACCUGAUGAAAAGGAGAUUGAAAAGAUGGUUUUGGAGAAGAAGAAGAUGGAACUGUUGAGUAAGUACGCUAGUGACAUGCUGUUGGAGGAACAGAGUGAAGCCAAGACCAUGCUCAAUAUACAGCGGUAGACUAAACAACAGUAUGUUUGUAGUUAGUGCUUAAAAUUGUGGUAGAUUUGGUUAUUGUUUUUCAUACUUGAAUUUUCCAUGCCCAUGCAAUGCAUCACUGAAAAUGAAUUUGAUUUAUGCACUGAUUUCUUGCUUAUGUGGUCAGACUGACAAAUCAUAUAUUGUAUCCAACCAGAGCAACAACAAAGAUCGAGGUAUAUGAUGAAAUACUGUUAUAAUGUUUGUUU